AUGGAAGGUCUGCCGUUUUUGCCAGGAAAUGCCUUUAAAGACCCUACGCAAACCAAUUUUCACCUAUCUCACACUCUGGAUAUGAAAAAUGGUUUACGAUAUGCGAAAGCCUACCCAGAAGUUGGGAUUGGUGGUCGUCCUUUGAAAGUCAACCAGCUAAACGAGGAAGAAUUAGACGAAUUAGCAAAUUUUCAGCCGACUUUAACUUAUGGAAGGACGAAACAGUCGCUUGUUUCUGAAUUCAUUCCUGCCCACGUCGCGUUGUAUAAUAAAGUCCUUCGAUUCUAUGGAUAUUUCAAAGAAACAGUUAACGAAUCACAAGUUGAGCACUACAGAGUCCGGCUGGUUCAGAUAUUGUACUUCCUAGAGGACGACAGCAUGUUGGUGAUGGAACCUCCACAAAACAAUAGUGGUAUACCUCAAGGAAAAUUAGUUUGUAGACAUAGAAUUCCAAAGAAUGAUAUCGGGGAUUGUUACAAUUGGCGUGAUCUGAAUCUUGGUACAAAUCUGGCUAUAUAUGGUCGAGUUUAUCGCAUUACAAACUGUGACAAGUUUACAAAGGACUUUUUAGAGAGCGAAGGAGUUAUUGUGAAUGAACCUGAACAGGAACCAAUAGAUCCAUAUUUGGCUGAGAGAGCUAAACGUGAAGCUAUAGCUCUUGGCAAAACACCUUCGUCCUUUGAUAAACGACGUCAGUAUCUCGAACUUGAUCGUAAGGUUUUACGAUUUUACGCCGUACAGGAUGAACGACAUGAAAUGUUUGGUGAAUGUCGUAAAUUUAUUAUACAUUAUUAUUUAGCUGAUGACACUUUGGAAAUACGUGAAAUUCAUACAGCGAAUGAUGGUCGUGAUCCAUUCCCCUUAUUAUUGAGACGUGAAAGAAUACCAAAAUGUCGUGAUACUAUCCCUCAAUCAUUUCCAAGUGUCAGUAUGGAAAUAACUGAAAAUGAAGUGAAAGAAUAUUUCUCACCGAAAGAUUUUCAUAUUGGUCAAUCAGUUAAUAUUCUUGGUCGGAAAUAUUUAAUAUAUGAUUGUGAUAAUUUUACAAAAGCAUGGUAUCAUAAUAAUUUUGGAUUAACAGAAUUUACUCCAUUAGAUAUAGAAAUUAAACAACCGGAAUUACCGAAAAAGGAAAUUCCACCAUAUAAUGGCUUUGGAACAAUUGAAGAUAGUUUAGUAUCUACAAAAUCAUUCAUUUUAAAACCUCCAAAAGUUGAUUUCGCAAAACAGGUGGAUUAUGCACAAAAAGUGUUAAGAUAUGAAGCUCGUUUAGAUAGUUUUCGACCUGAAGAUGCAUAUCGACGAUUUAUCAUAUCGUAUCAUCUGGCUGAUGAUAUGAUAUCAAUUUUUGAAACUCCGAUAAGAAACUCUGGUUUCCCUGGUGGGACAUUUCUCAAAAGAUCAAGAGUUAUGAAACCUGGAAGUAUAUUAGAUAAUCCAAUUUAUUAUGGUCCUAUAGAUUUUUCAAUUAAUUCAAAAAUUGAUAUAUUUGGUACACGUUUCAUUAUAACCGAUGCUGAUGAAUAUGUUCUUAAAUUUCUUGAAGCUAAUCGUGAUCAAUUUUCUGAUGAAUUAAUUAAUGGUUUACAUGAACAUUUAAAUAAUAAAGAAAAUCAAACAACAAUUAAACAACAGUUUCAUCAUAAAGGAGGUAAUGUUGACUUUAAACGAGAAGAUGGUGAUAUUAACGAUAUUAUGAAUGAAGUCAGAAUGCAAUUAAAGAAAAUGUCAAUAACAGAUAAAUGUAGAAUUGAUGAUAUGUUUCUUACAUAUAAUAAAGACAGACGUGGUUGUAUUGACAUUGAAAAUUUGAAAGACAUGUGUAAGAAAAUCCACAUUCCACCAGAUGAGGAUGUACUCAAGGCGUUACUUGAUAAAUAUGGUACUGAAGGAAAAAUGUCACUAGAACAAUUUGGAAGAUUUUUUGAACAACCAUAAUUAUAAUGAACCAUGAAUAGUACUUAUAAUGAAAUAAACUUUUUGCACUUGUUUAUCUGUAGUAGAAGAGUUGAAUGAGAUAUAACUAACUUCUAAUUUUUCUUUAAGAUAGUUGAGUUCAUAAAACAAAACAAAUUUAAUAUACAUAACCAUAUAUGUAUGCCAUUUUUUGUACAAGUCAGUUUAUUAUCACAUCAUUUGCAAU